CCGCCCUCUGCACUGGAGCGGAAGCACCAAAACAAACCUGCUUCGCCAGUAGGAAGUAACUACAGUAGAGCUUCGUGUUCAAAACACUGUCAACGGAUCAACAACAAAAACAAACAGCGCGAUCUGCUGAGCCUUGUCGUCGUAUUUUGGAGUCAGGGCUGUGGGACAACCCCCGGCCCUGACCCACAAGGCCGCAGGUUAAGAGAUCCAUUCCUGCCAUCGGGGGACUAGGAUCAAAACCUGACAGGAGGCCCACCAUCGAUGUGCUCCUAUUUGACCUCCAGAUCAAAACUGAAGGUGUGAGAGAGUGAGGAGAGGUGAGAUGGAGUCAGAGGAGACAGAAGGACGCACUUUAGUGCAGGUGAUCAGUGAGAAGUACAGCCCAGAAAACUUCCCAUACUGCCGUGGGCCAGGAUUUGGAGUGGUGAUCCGGUCGAGUCCCCAGGGUUCACCUGUCAAAGAUCGUCUGAAUCUGCCCAGCAUCCUGGUUCUGGAUAGUUGUGGAAUCACAGAGGCUGGAGAUGAAGAGGAGGUGGCCACUUUCUGUGCUCACGUGGUUGAGUUAGACCUCUCUCACAACCAGUUAAAAGAUUGGGGAGAGAUAAGUAAGAUCCUGUCUAACAUCCCUAACCUAGACUUUCUCAAUCUGAGUAUGAAUCCACUGAGAGGGUUGAGCCUCGAGCCUGGAGCUGCUGAAGCGUUCUCAGGCCUCCGUCGCCUUGUGCUCAAUAACACGCAUGUCACCUGGGACGUGGUGCACACACUCACAAGAGAGAUCCUAGAGCUGGAGCAAUUGUUUUUGUGUCUAAACGAGUAUGAGAGCGUGAGUGUAUCAUCUAUACCGUGCCCGUCCCUGCGCCUGCUGCAUAUCACAGAUAACCACCUGCAGGACUGGGCGGAGGUUCGUAAGUUGGGCCUUAUAUAUCCAGGCCUGGUGUCUCUUAUUCUGGCAAACAACUCCAUCUCAUCUAUCCACGAGCCCGAGGACUCUCUACAGAGACUCUUCCCCAACUUGCGCAGCAUCAACCUACACAACUCAGGUCUAUGCUGUUGGGAGGACAUUGAGAAAUUGAAUUUCUUCCCAAACCUCCAAGAGGUUAGAUUGAUGGGUAUUCCUUUACUGCAGCCCUACACUGAUCAGGAGAGACGUUAUCUUAUGGUAGCACAGUUGCCUCGUGUGACUGUAUUGAACGGCAGUGUUGUCACUGAUGGAGAAAGAGAAGAUGCAGAACGCUUUUUCAUCCGCUACCACCUGGACUGCCCCGAGGAUGAGCUACCACAGAGGUACCACACUUUGGUAGCACGCUAUGGCCGCCUAGCCCCACUUGCAGAGGUGGACUUGCGCCCUCUCUGUCAUGUCCAGGUCGAGGUGCGUUUUGGGGACCAGACAGAGCCCCUAGAGCUCAGAUUGGAUCAGACCGUGGCAGACCUAAAGAAGCACUUGAGAGCCGUGGUCCAGCUACCCCCAAAAAAGAUACGUGUGUACUAUAUCGACCGUCAGCUUGGCUACGCACUAGAGCCUCAGGAAAUGAAAUAUGGAGCACGAGCACUGCAUUCCUACAGUAUACAAGAUGGAGAUGAAAUCUUGGUGGUGCCCAAGACACAGUGACAGAAAAGAGAAAAACUGAGCACUCUUUGGAAAAAGUAGUUGAUUCCAGAAUUAUUGGAAUACCUUACCUUAACAAUCUUCCUAUACAGGCAAUGUGAAUGCUGUGAACAGUGCAAAGAUCAGCAUGCUUUAUGUAGAGGACAGAGAAAAACCGCCUGGUUUUCCAGAAUCUUCAGUCCUAUUUAAAAAUGAUCCUUAUUAACAGAUGUUGGAUCAGAAUUUAAAAAAACGCUUUUACCUUUCACUGCUCUGUGGAUGUAUGUAUACAAGAAAAAAAAUGUAAACUUAACCUUUUGUUUCUUGUUGUGUGUUUAUGACACUGAUUCUCAAGAAUUACUGCAUACAUGCCUCUUUUCUAAAGAAUAUUUGACCAAUUGUCAAAGGUGCCAUAUGGAAUAUUUGGCCCCCUAGCAACUAAGGAGUAAAAUUCCAAGUUACUUGUGAAGGAACAUUAUUCUGGUAAUUAUGUGAUAUGGGCUUCGGUUUAGCUCUUCCUCAUGGAUGAAUAUGAUAGUUUAAGGCAUAUCAGUGUAACUAUAGAUAUGGGCAGUCCUUUCGUAAGAGAAAACGUUAUCAGUAAUGUCAAAACUCACCCCCUCCUAAAAGAAAGAAGAAGUUAGAAGACAAAUAUCCAUUAAUAAUGUCUUUGAGCAGGUAAUAGUCUUCCACUGUAGUGGAAAGUGAUUGCUUAUAUGAUCCCUCAUAUGGUUUAAUUUUUGAAUGAUCCAUUGUAUUUAAAAGUUCCCCAGUAGAUAUGGCUACGAGCUAUCAGAAUCAUACAUGCACUGUAAUAGCCCAAAAAUGUUCUCCUUAUUUACAGACAUCACCGAAGAGGAAUUAUAUGAAUGUAGCGAAAAAAUGGCAAAAUGACUUGAGUACAAGAAAAAAAAAAAAUAUGUAGAUGCAGAUUGUAAAUGCUUAGAGACGGGGAGACACACUUUAGGUCUUAUCUCUGCCACUUCUUUGGUGCUUGAAUUACAACAGGGUCACGUGCAACCCUGAAGCUUUCUAAGGUUUAAACACUUUACAUUCAAAAAUGCAGCUCCCCCUAUUAUGGCCACAGACCGACUGCAAUCCCCUAGUCUCCUCUCUCACUAGUGGAAAGAGUCCUUGGAAUAAAGGUGCCAAACUCUCAUUGAUGUUUAAGACAGAUCAUGUGCUGUUGGGUUAUGAACUUGCAAUUGAUUAUUAUCAUACACACGUUACAGAAAAGGAAAACCAAAGCGGACCAAUAAUAAAGAGAAUUAAGCCAUAUUUUAUUUUUUAUUGAGUAUACAUGCUUUUUGUGGGCUUAUUAUUUUAAAAGAGCAAAUGUGCACACUGAUAAAUUUAAUUUUGACUUUGUCUUUUAUUUGUAACUUUUUUUUUUUCUUCUUCUAUUAAAUCUUGACAUAAGUUUAAAGGAGGUUGAAGAUAUUGCUGUUGUCAUUUGUUGAGCAUGAAACAUAAAGGGAAGCCAUACAAUAAUAACCUCAUUGUGCCUACUUUAAAGCUUUCAAAUGACUUGUCAGUGCAUUAGUUAAGUACCUGAUCCCUUAACAAAGAGAAUUGUUUGAUUAACUUAAACCAUGCCCUUUCUUAAUAUCAAACUAAAUGACAACUAUAAUGUGUUGCACAGAUAUGGACAAAUUUUAACAUUUAGACUUGUUUUUUUUAACCACAGUCAGCACAUACCAGUCUAUACAUUUUUUCAGCAGAAUGGCUCUAAUGUUGGAGUGACUAAUAUAGUAUAGACUCCCUCUCUAGUUCCCAAGCUGACCCUGAAACCCUAUCCCAGUGAAGGGUGUUAACAGGGAGCUCAGAAACCAUUAGAGGUUCAGAUAAGCUAAAGUUGUUGCAUAUAUAUACAUAUAUAUUAGAACUACUGCAUGGAUGUUGUCAGAUAUUUAGACAGUUUUGUUUAACCACAUAUGUUACACUGUUGAUAUGUUAUUGUCUUAUCACAGAGUCCAGUUUCUGUUUGCUGUCUCUGAAUCUGUUAUGCUUAAAAGUCCCAUCACUGUUUCAGUUGUGUCCUAUCACUGGAAAUUUAACUUGACUGUCAUGUUUUUGUCCAAAUCCUUUGAUUAUACCGUAUUGUUGCCACAUUCAUGUACUCACUCCCCAUUCAAUUUUAAUUUUCACUGAUAAUUGUAAGUCCCCAUAAUGCUUACUAAUAUCCUACAAUGUUUGCUUUCAUUCUCAUCUGUGAACCAUAGUGUGUUCGCUUCCAGCAUCCCCUUUCUCUCGUUUUUCAGCAGUGCCUGUGUCACUACAAGUUUCUCAUUGCUCAUAUUUUGUUCUUAUUGUGUUCUGCUUGUGGUGAUGACACUUGAUCUUCUCUGUUCUGCUCCCAAAGGACAUCUGGCCUCUAAUGGCAAAAUGUUGUUAACAGAGUAGGUGCUGAUAUAUUUACCUAUUGCUGGGUCUGUAUAAUGGUGUUUCGGAGUGUAAAAAGGGCAAUUGGCUCUUGACAUGGAUACUUAUUCAGUGUUAAUGGUUAUGUGAACACGGAAAUAGAAUAUUUUUGUAAAAGUGUGUGAUUUGUGUGACGAGUAAAGGUAUUUUACCCUUAUGUGAAAUUCUGUUGAAUACCAUACUAAAAAUUUGUUUAAAAAAAAAAAAAAUAGCAGCCAAAGCUUUGCAUGAAAUUCAUUGAGUCUUGAUGUACCCUGAGUUGCCAAGGUAAUUAAAUUUCUCUUAAUGACA